UGGCAGCUGUGCGAGUCGACGUACCGGGGCUCGCGGUAGGACAGCACAGACACUUGUGAGCCGACUGCCCCACACUCGCUUUGCUUCUUCUUCUUCUCUUCUUCUUCUUUUUAUAUCGCCCUGUAUCCUCUUCUUCUGUUCUUCUUCUCUUCUCUACUCUCUACAGUCUAGUCUAGUCUACUCUCUUUACUCUCCGUCACUCGCUACUCUACCAUGCAAUCGCCCUCCUUCUACCGCCCCCUCCCGCUCCCUCUGGAUCACGCUCCUGACGCCUGUCUCCCCCCAAUCCGCCCCUCUGCCGCCCUCCCUCUCCCCCCUCUGAUGGCCCUCCGCUCAUCCAUCCCGCCCCUCAGCGACCUCUCGUUCGCAGCCCUCCCCCCGCGCGACAGCAACCUCUCGCAGUUCGUCAUCACCCGCGUCAUCCGCCCUCUCUACUGCUCUCCCUCGUUUGAGUCCACCGUACGCCAGCCCAUCCCCGCGCCCGCAAACCUGCACCCCGUCCACGCCAGCAUCCACGCCUACGUGCCCCGCGGCCUCCGCCACGAAGGCGGCCGCUGGCUCGCCUACCGCCGGAACUACCUCGUCGUCAUGGCCAGCGCCUCCUUUGAUCUCCCCGUAUCCGCGCUACCCAACCCGCGCCCGCAGCCCUCCUCGCUAGCUAGCUCGUUGAUUGGCGGCGGACACGCGUUCUACACGCAGCUCAACUUCCGCAACCAGCCCCCGCGCACCGUGCGCGUCACGCGCUUCGCGAUCUCGAUCCAGGCCGAGGACGAGGCGAGCGGCAAGUCUGUCGCGCUGAUCCAGCACACUUCCAAGCGCGAUGCCGGGCCGCAGCGUAAACCCGUGCUCGAGCCUAUCACGCCCAUCAUUGCCGCCGAGGCCGCGAGCAGCGGCAACGGCAACGCGCAGACUCCCCGGGCGCAGGCCGGGUACCCUUCGUCUUCGUCUUCGUCUGCGUCUGAGGCUAUCUUCCGGAAUCUGCAGUCAAAGUCUACGUCUGCUACCUCGUACGGGUUCUCGAGUUCUGCAGCGGACUUUUCCGGCGCCGACACGGACGACAACGAAGACGACCCCUACUACGACGACGACGACCAUCUGGCCGACGGCCGUCUGGCCGACACUGCAGUAUUUGAGCGCAUCCAGUUCAAGAAAGCGACGGCCAACAACGGGCGCAAGAACACCGCGCAGCAAAUGUUCAGACUGGUGACGGUGCUGUACGCCGGAAUCAGCUACGAGGACUGCGCGGGCGGCGCGAACGUCGUGGGCCCGGUCGUGCUCGACGAUCGUAACCAGAUCGUGUACGUCGAGCUCCAGCGGAUUGCCACGUCGGGCAUAAUCGUGCGCGGUCGCUCGCCGGGGCACUACGCCGAGCGCGGAGCGGGGAGGAUCUGAUCUAGCUGAGAAGAGGUGAAUAUAGUUUGGUAAUGCCUUGAGGGCAUGUGUAUUGGUUUCUUGUAUAAACCCGGAUAAUUGUUUAUUGCUGCUUGCUCUGCUAUCUAUUUUGAAUCUUGUAUAUCUAAUUUUGCUUUCUGUGGACCUGGCGAAUCUGGCGUGAAUGUUUCUAAUAUCGAUUGUUUGCUUCUGUU